UCCCGUUUAUAAUACUAGUAUGGAUUAUUAAAGGGAUCGAAUAAAUGUUUAUAAUAGAAACUAGGAACUCGUUUGAAAAGUGCUUCGAAUAGUUCUUAUGAGAGAAACUUACAUGGAAUAAAAGUCUUGCAUGGAUAUUUAUGUGGAUUCUUGUAUAGGUAACUUUUAAAUUAUGGCCACAUCAACGUACUAAUUAUUAUUAUUUAAAUAUCGUAGUUUUUUCCUUUGCAGAUUGACAAUUUUAAGCCCAACUAUGGUGCGUAAUUAUAAACCAAGGCCUGGGGCCAGGCAAUAUAAAAAAUAUGACCCGGAAAUAAUGAAGAAGGCAUAUAGAGAGGUUCUUAAUGGUGAAGGUUCAUUAAAUAGUGUUGCCAAGAAAUAUAACAUUUCUAAAUCAUGCUUAUACGGCCGAAUCCAUUAUAAUAGAACGAAUGAAUCUGGCGGUAGGAAAGCUUUUACUUUAGAGAGAGAAGAACAUAUUGUAAAAUACAUACAUGUUUGCGCACCGUGGCAAUACCAACUGCAAGUUUGGGAUUUACAAUUACUUAUAAAAUUUUAUCUGGAUAGACGUCCGGUUAUUGCCAGAAGGAAAUUAGAGAAUAAUGUACCAGGAACAGAGCUUGUGUCGAAAUUAAUAAAACGACAAGAAGACAUUAUAUCACACAAAGUCCUCCAAAGCAUUAACGAUAACGGCGCAGUCACAAUUGAAGCUGUUCACAGUUAUUUUCACGAACUGAAAAUGUUGGUCAAUGAUUUGGAACCGCAAAAUAUCGUUUGCUUUAAUGAUGUUUUCAUCAUGGACGAAAUUGUGGAUAAAAAAUCAAAAGAAAGAGAAUUUUUGAAAAUAAAUAAUAUGCUUGUAAUGCUGGCAGCUUCAGCCACAGGAGAAGUUUUAGAUCCUGUCAUUUCGUACAAAGAGAAACCAUGUUAUGAAAAAACUCCAAGAAAAUCUAUAAUGUCUAAGCAUUUGCAUGAAGAAAGAAAAAGGCUAAAUACAAGUAUUUUCGAAGAUUGGUUCAAAUCUAUCAUUGUCCCCUACUUUGAAGGAAAAUCAGGCCUAAAGUGCUUAAUUAGCUGUUACUUUUCGUCGCGUAUUACUAAAGAGAUACUUGGAAUGUGCAGAGAACUAGAUAUACACUUUGUGUUUUUGCCCGAUAACUCCAGUAGCUUGACGCAUCCUCUUUACAACUUAUCGCAACUGAUACAAAGCACAUGGAGCAGCAUACUUCCUCAGGUAAAAGUAGACAGCACUCGAUACACAAUCUCGAAGCAAAGUUUUUUGGAUAUGACACAAAAUAUAAUUGCUAAUGCAACAGAAACUGUUUUAGAAGGGUUUGAAAAAACUGGGAUAAAGCCAUUUAAUCCAGAAGCAGUAUUUAGGCAGUUACCUGGUUAUAAUGAAAUAACUAUUGAAGAUGUGAUCGAAGACUUCGAAGAAAAUGAUGAGGAAGCAAGGGAUAUAUCAUUUCAAGUUAAAACAGAAAUAGAAUAUAGUGACCAGUAUAGUGACGAUGACUACGAUGACGAAAUUUCAAGUAAUCUAAUAGAAAAAAGUAACGCUGAAGAAGAAAAGCUAAACACUGAUAGUUUAUCUGAAACUAAGCAUGAUGAUGAAAUGCCCGAAGGAAAAAUGGAAUUUAAAAUGUCACCUGUUGAUUUUGAAGAAGGUAUGACUCUUGAAGAUGCUUCUAUAGACUACACGCCAAAGGAUGAAAUGGUGAAAAAUGACUUCGUUCCAAAGUCGUCCAGAGGCCGUAAACUAAAACUAAAAAGAAAACAUUCUUCUGAUGCAGAAUAUGUCCCGACAGACAAAUCAUCUCCAAAAAAACGCGUGGUUAACAAAAGACAAUCGACAGGGAAAAUGACCGCCAAUGAUUCUACGAACAGUACGGAAAUAGACCCAUUGUCGAGCGGCCAGAGUGGCGCCAACCUACACAUCGACGAAGUAAAAGAAAACGGUACUUCAGCCACACAAACACAGCUGCUAGAAGCGAUCCUGACAACCGUGAACCGACAAACGAAACUGCAAGAACGCGCCACAGUUGCCAUGGAAACGCAGGCUACAGCCCUGUCGAAUAUCGCUACGUUAUUGGAGCGAUUGGUCGCUAAUAAUACAACGGGUAGCAUCAGAGACGCCCUGUCCUGACGGCCGGUUCUGCCCACCUCACUGGCUGUGCUGCGAAGUUGGGUGCUGCGCCCCGGCCACAGCGCCUCCGAGGCGGGAUCAGGAGGUUAAGGAAGUCUACCGGUACCCGUGGUAUGCU